AUGUCCUGUACGUUAGUAACGGAGCCAGGGGCGAGGACAGAUGAAGAGAUUGCCAACUCAAUGAGCCUUUUGGGAGGAGAGUGCCCGCUCUUGAGCCUCCCCCUCGAGAUUCGACUCCAGAUCUAUGGCUGGGUCCACGCGAUGCACCCGGUACAACACGCGCAGCUUGCCCCAUGGUAUCCGACUCCAAGACAAAGUGUGUACUUUCUCAGACUCGUCAAGCCCGAAGUUAUAGCCGAGGACCUUGCCGUGAAGGAGAUAAGCUCAAAGGUCAAGUCAGGCGAGGAUGGCAAAGCAGGCCCGAAGCAGGAAGAGUUGCUGCUGUCACCUUACCGUCCGCUCUCUGGAAUCCCCGCGGCCCUCAUGUGCACCAACAAGCAGAUCUACAACGAGUGCCGGGCCCUGCCCCUACAGGUCAACGAGUUCGUUUUCGUCAACUGGUUCUCCUCGGGCCUGUGGGCGGCGCGGGCCUUCAUGCGCGGGCUGGAGCCGUGGCAGCGCGACAUGAUGCGGUUCACGCGGCUCGAGAUGCUGGGGCGGGACUUCACGGGCCCGGCGCUCAAGGAAUGGAUCGAGCUGUGCGGGCACUGGGGCUCGGGGCUCCGCGGGCUCAGGCUCAAAAUCCUGAUCGGAGGUGGGAUAUUCGAACCCACAGCCACGUUCGCCGCGCUGAACAACAAUGCAGAGGCACAGGCCAUGGGCCUCAACUCGAAGACGGUACGGCCCGAGCCGAGACCCGAGUGGAUCGAAGGGGGCCUGAAGAGGAUGAAGGCAUUGAGGAGGUUGGAGAUUGAGCUCUCGGUGCUGGAUUGGGGCGCCGACGAGAAGAUUGCGUGGUGCGCCGAGCUGGAGAGGAUGCUGAACGACGGGAGGUGGGAAGAGGGGCAGGCAAUGGUUGUUGUGAGCUGCGUCGAGAGGCUCAUGCAAGACAGCGGGCCGAAAAGGCAAGUCGUCAGCGAUUUCGCGAAAAAUUGA